CUAUGUUUAGUCAUUUGAGGAAGAAUCUGUAUGGCUAGAUGUUGAGGUAGCUGUUGCUGUUGCCUUUGCAUAGGAACAUGAAGGCACAUUGCAAUCCGAUUUGGAUAUAGUUUUUUCUUGAGGGAACUUUCAUUUUAGGCCAUGAUUCACAUGAUUAUUCCCCGAGCUCAAGAUGUAGUCUGACAAUGGCACUAUCGGACAAAAAUAAAAACAUUGGACAUCAGGCGCUUUAACCUGUUGGUGAUCUGGGGAAACAUCAAGCAUCAAGAGAAGCGCCUAGCAAGGUUUAGCCUAGAUUGCUACGGCAGCUCGGUGGGGUUAGCCUAGGAAUGGAUCAUUUUUGUUGCGAAAUUAAUCCACUAGCUAGAGGUUAAUUUCAGGUACAAGUUGCUUUCAGAGGACUUUCAUGUGAGAGUUAAGGGUGUCUAGUAUUCACGUUUAUGAACUUAACAUCUUUUUUUAGUUAUCUGAUCUGAAAUUCAGCCCCAUUUACAGAUGGAUAGCCUAAAGUCUGGAGUACUAGACAUAGCAAUGGCGAACAUUCACUAUGGGCGCGUAGGUGUAGCCACCUAGUGCACAUCUGGGCUCAUGCCCUGCUAUUUGCUAUUGGCUGACGCUUCAUCCGAGGACUGACGGUUUAUAUAAGGUUUGCUUACCAUAUAUGGUGUGGUGCGCAUUUCUUAAAGGUUCGCCACAUACUCCACAAGCUCCAUUUUUAGUAGUUUGAAGGUAGCUUCACCUGUCCAACGGCCACCGCCGCCCUCCUUCAAAUGUCAGCCCUUGGUCCCCAAGCCCCAAACCAUAAUGAUCAAGUCAAAAUAAAUAAAUAAAUAAAUAAAAGGUUAAGAGCCAACUAGCAUGGCAGGAGUUGGAUCACCAACUCAUAAGUCCUAAAGCCUUUACAUACCGGAUUAGCACUAUCGUUCUAUAUAAGUACUAGUGUAGGCAAAAUCGAAUUGAAGGCAAACCAGGAUGAAGAUGAAGCUUUGGGCGUGCUUUGUAACUUUACUAUUUGUGCUGGCAAGUUUGGUGCCGCAGGGAUGGGGUCAGGGUCAGGGCCAGGGCCAAGGUGAGGACUCCUCCACCUCCUCAUGCCUAAACCAGCUUGCUCCUUGCCUGAAUUACCUUAAUGGAACUCGAGAUGUGCCUGAUAGCUGUUGUGCUCCUCUGAAAUCCGUGAUCAAAUCAAAACCAGAAUGCUUGUGUAGCAUGAUAAGCAACGAGGGUAGCAGAGAAGCAGAGCAAGCAGGCAUCAACAUCAGCGAAGCACAACAGUUGCCUGGACGGUGUGGGCAGCAUGUCAACCCACUAGCUUGCCUCUCAGGUUCUCCAAAUUCUAAGAACUCAGCUGAAGAUUCCCCCGGCGUCCUGUUAUUCCCACCACAUAGCGCCAUAGCCAUAGUCAUUGCCGUAGCCAUAUGCAUGACUGUUGAGAAUUUGUGGGUGUACCCGACGCCACAUUAACAUCCCUUUUGGGGGGCAAUUCAAAAAUGUUAUGGAGAUUCCAAUCAGAUAUUGGAAAUUGGGAGAUGAUUAAGCUAAUUUGUUAUAGUUUCUAGUAUAUAUAUUAUGUUCUUUUCAGUGUGUGCUGAUUAAAUCAAGCUGAUAAUAACUCAAAUACAACCCUGGCUUGGGUUUUAUCUGUGAAAGGUGGCGACUAGUAAUUAAUAAUGCAAAUGAUUUCUUGUUAAUCUUCAAGUACCUUCUAAAUUUACC